CUUCUCCCUUUCCUCCUCCCGGUCACCGCCGCUCGUAUACAGGUCCCUCCCCGGUCUCCCCCUUCCGCCGGCCACCGGUGCGCUCGAUCCGGCCUUCUCGUCCCCUCUACUCUUCUCUCCGUUCCACUCUUUCACACCGAUCAACCUCUAACGCUGCGCCGCCUCCUCCCCUCUUUCCAUCACGCCGCUGUCAGCAAAGGCUGCUGCGAUUCGCCGUAGCGCGCGCUCGAAGCGCGCCAACGAGUUGCCACGUCUCGACGCCGGGCUCUCCCUCCGGCGCCCUGGGCCUCCUGGCGAAUAACCUGGUGUCCCGUCGUCACCGGAGCUUCUCAUGUUGGACCCGAGAUCCGAAAUUUACCCCUCCAUAGAGUAUCGCCCUAUCCAGCCCUCCGACCUCGAGGUUCUUGAGAAGAUUCAUCUCGCGCUGUUCCCCAUAAGGUACGAGCGAGAGUUCUUCUUGAAUGUUGUCAAUGGCCAUGGUAUCAUUUCCUGGGGUGCUGUGGACACCAGCAGAUCCGACGAAGGCAGGGAUGAGCUCAUAGGCUUUGUAACCACGAGGAUGAUUGCGGCGAAAGAUAGCGAGAUUGAGGAUUUAUUUAGGUACAACAACUCACACAAAGAUCUAACACUCCUUUAUAUCCUAACUCUGGGCGUCGUGGAUAGCUACAGAAACCUCGGCAUAGCAUCUUCACUGGUCCGAGAGGUGAUUAAACAUGCUGCGAGCGUAUCGAAUUGCAGGGGUGUUUAUUUGCAUGUCAUUUCAUAUAACCAGCCUGCUAUUAACUUUUACAAGAAGAUGCUAUUUAAGCUAGCCAGAAGACUUCCGAUGUUCUACUACAUAAGAGGACAGCAUUAUGACUCGUACUUAUUUGUGUACUAUGUCAAUGGAGGUCGUACGCCUUGUUCUCCACUAUUACAAUUGCAUUGUGGACAUUUGGCUCCUUAUGGAACCUUUGGUGUUGCCUCUCGUGAAUGCCUUAUUAGGGAGAUUGUAACUUCAUUUGUUGUUGACUUCAGGGGUUUCCUAAAGAUGCUGGUUGCUAAGUUCUGGAGCAAAGAGGGAAAGAGUAUUCCAAGAUGGUCCCGUUGUAAGGAAUCGAGCACUCUAUUGGCCUCACAGAAUAAUAAUAAAAGAAUUAUCAGUGGUGAAGAUACAAGAAGUCAUGUGUAAUUUUAGGUAGAAUGGCGGUGGUGUUUUCUACUUGUUUUCGUGGAAACAACAAUUUCUUUUGGAAACCACCUCUUGCAAUGUUGUUGUACCUUUCUGAUACGAUAGAAAACCAGGUAUAUAAUAAUUUGUCUGGUAGUCAUAGCCAUGUGCAUUAUUCUUGUAAAGAGAGGACAAUAAAAGAAGAAAAUAAAUGUCAACUGCUUGCUUCUUGCUA